GCUCGCAAAUCACUAACACGAGGGAAAACAAUGUUUGAAAGUGCGUAAACAUUUGCUUCGUAUUCGAUCAUAAGUUUAUCUUGCAGUGUUCACCUGAUAAAAACGUUUAAAUAAGAAUUCAGAUGUCUAAGCGAUAUUCGAAUAGUCGAAAUUCACGUCGACGUACCAGGCAAAGCCUUCAGAGUGAGAUUUCUGGCGUACUCGAUCCUGAUUCAGAUGUCGGCUUUGACGGUGAAGGUGAUCCACUGUGGUUCCAAAGAUUGGACAAUAAUUCUGUAAGUGUACGUCCAUCGAAGCGCUUCAGUGCAAUUCAAAAUGAGAACACACUGCUUGAUUCCAACUCUGAACCCGAUUCAACGCCGCUGCGAAAGUCCUGGUGGAAGGGUCUCGAUAACACACCAGAUAUUCAACUCGAUAGGCGCGUUCAAUCUGACGCAGCCAGGAUCAAAAGCCAUGAUGAGGGAAACCAUAUCUCAGAUUCGGAUAGCUCAAAUAUUUCACCCGUGGACGAAAGUCUGAUAAAGCAGAGAUCUAGGCUGCGUCGUAAUAAGCGAAAGAGCUUACAGAAGAAUGUUUUCUCUGAGGUACUAGAAUCAUCAAAGGUAUCAAUUGGUUCUGAGAAAAAUGAUCGGUCUACUCAGCGCAGAGACAAGCAAGACGAAAGUAUCUCCUCAUCAACUUCUGAUACUAGUAAAAGUGUAGAAAAGAUCCGGAAACUGCCGUUCAAAAAAAGAAGACAAGUUGCACCGAUCAGAGGGUCUCAGGACCUGGCAGAAAAUCCUGAAGACAAUUUGUCCAAUGUUUUUGAAAAUGUAUUAGAAGCAUCGGAUCAAUUCGAUCAUUCUAACAGUAAUCUGUCUAUAGGCAGUGCAGAAACAUUGAAAUUGAAACAUCCACUGCCACCGAACCACGAAACACAGAACAAUUCAUCAACAGAUGUCAGUUCCCAAGUUUUGGAAUCUCCACAAGCAAAAUCACCCCGUAAAAAGCGAACCAUCUUUACAGCAACUAGGAAGAGAAAAACACCAAAUUUUUCUGAAUUGUUGAAUGAAGAAAGUGAAGACGAACAGCUGGGUGAUCAGCCUUCAAAUGAAGAGGUGGUGAAGUCGGAUCAGAAGCAAGUAAUUACAGAUAUCAGUUCGCGUGUUUCGGAAUCUUCGCAAGCAAUAUCACCCCGUACUAAGCAAACCAUCUCUGCAGCAACUAGGAAAAGAAAAACAGCAAAUUUUUCUGAAUUGUUGAAUGAAGAAAGUGAAGAUGAACAGCUGGGUGAUCAGCCUUCAAAUGAAGAGGUGGUGAAGUCAAAUCAGAAGAAAGCAAUUACAGAUUUCAGUUCGCGUGUUUCGGAAUCUUCGCAAGCAAUAUCACCCCGUAAUAAGCAAACCAUCUCUGCGGCAACUAGGAAGAGAAAAACAGCAAAUUUUUCUGAAUUGUUGAAUGAUGAAGGUGAAGACGAACAACUGGGUAAUCAACAUGCAAAUGAAGAGUUGGUGAAGUCAAAUCAGAAUGAAGAAAUUACUGAAUCCGGCACUCUGCCGUCUCGAAUCAUAGGUUCACGGAGCAACAUUCCGGCAUCCCAAAGGGAUUCAGAUUCAGAAGACAGUAUUAAGAAAUCACGGGGGACUUUUCUUCGUAAAAAGCGAAGAAGUAAUCAGGAACAAGUGUUCGCACAAGCCUUGGAAUCUUCCAGUUCUUCUGUUCACUCUGAGACCCGUCAACGUGAAAAAAUUGAUACACUUAUACGUUCGAGACACGAAUCACCAAAGUCUGAUUUUGAGAGACAAUCCAUGACUAGAAAAAACGAUCAAGACACGCCAGUACGUCCAUCAUCAAGAUUACCGAUCCGUCAUUCUAGAAGCAAAAGCAAGGCUGGCCCAGAAGAAAUUGAUAGCCAGUCACGUGCUGCAAGUGACGGAAAUCCUCUAGAUCAGGAUCAAGUAGGAGAGGAGCAAUCCAACAUUAGGUUACUGAUAACUUCUGAUGAAGAGGAAGAUCAUGAAGAUAUUACUGGAAAUGAAAAUAUCCCUGAGAGUUCUGUCAGUCUUGUAAAGGUAAUGCCAGUCACACGUAGUUUAUCAAGGGUGCUCAAGGGUCGUUCUGAUGAAGAAGUUUCUGGAAAUGAGGAAUUUCAGACUAGUGUAAGCACUGGUUGGGAGGAGGUUGCAUCAAGCACACGUCAUGAUUCGGCGGGGGUACAGAAUGUAGGGGAAGUUUCUAAAUCAUUGCUGAAAGUCAGUAGCGAUACUACAAAAAAAAGUACGGGGUUAUCCACCAGCAACAAAAGAAAAAGCAGCACUGGAAGGACCGUGGGAGUCACCAGAGUUGCGCAAGAUGUUACAGAGAAAAUUAUAAGCUCCGGUGCUUACAAUGAAAGAGAAUCAACUCACCAGCCCGAUUUGUCACAAAGAACGCAACUGAGUACUCAAACAGACCCUGAAAAAGCAGCUCGCCUAAAAGGUGCACUUGAACAAGUCAAGAAGAAAUUUGGUUUGCCACAGAACAGUGGAAUUGAAUCCUACUUUAUAAAGACUAUAAAGCCGAAAGCUGCUGUUAUUAAUCCAGAAAUUUUGGCAAGCCAGAAAACUCCUGUUAGAAACCAGCGUAAAACACCAUUAGUGGAACCUAACAAAGCUUAUAUUGUAGAUGGCAAAGUAUAUAAAAGACCAAAGCUUCCAAGACCCAAACCAUGGGUUACAGAUCGCUUAUAUAAUUUCUUGUGGAAACAAAUGGAACCAAAGUAUAAACUCAAAACCAGGAUUCGAUCUGAAAAGUUUAUUACUGUAUUAAGUGACGUUGUAUCACUUGUAAUCAGACGUAAAAAAUAUGAAAACUACAAGAAAGAUCUACAGGAUUUAAUAAAAGAAAUGGCUCAUCUGGGAAUAAUAAAAACUAGAAAUGAUUUCAAUAAAUUCUGUCAAGAUUUUCUUCCUCCCAACUUUCGCAUGAAAGUGGUCCCAAUGGUGCUGCCAGGAAAUGUUAGAAAUGUUCCAUUCCAUCCAGAUGAACUCCACACGCCAAUUUUGUAAAUUUAAAUAUAAUAUUACAUAAUUAUAUCUGCACCAGAGUAUCAAGUGAGCUACGAUUAAUACAUCGGAAGAUUAUUAUGCUGUAUUAUAUACCAUAGUUGUCACUUAUUUUUUUAUUCAA